AUGCCUCUCGUUCUUUUUCUAGGCGUGCUCGAAAAUGGCAUCCCCGACGCUGUCCGGCAAUACGCUCGCACAAUAAUAUACACCAUCCUCACCAUUGUAUUUCUUACUCUCCUUAAGAUCUGGACAUCUGGUCGCAACAACCCUACCCAGCGCCUCCUCCAUGGCAAAGUCGUGAUGAUGACGGGCGGAACGUCCGGUAUAGGCGCCGCUGCAGCUUUGGGGCUUGCAUCGCAGGGUGCGCAGCUGGUUCUGCUCACACAAACACCUCCGAACGAUCCGUUCCUCGUCGAGUACAUCCAGGACCUUCGAGAGAAGACGAACAACCACCUGAUCUACGCCGAACAAGUCGAUUUAUCGAGCUUCUAUAGCAUUCGAUCGUUUGCGACCAAGUGGAUUGAUAAUGCGCCGCCUCGACGACUGGACAUGGUCUAUUUGGGUGCGGCGGUCCUUACACCCCCUGGCGGAAAGAGAAGGGAAUCCGAAGAGGGUAUCGAGGAAACAUGGAUGGUCAAUUUCUUGGCCAACUUCCAUCUGCUUGGCAUCUUGAGUCCUGCUCUUCGCGCACAGCCUAUCGACCGAGACGUCCGAGUUAUUAUCCCUACCUGCUCUUCCUACAUUGGCUCUCCCUCUCUCAAGGACCCUGUUUCGAGAGAUUCAUGGACGCCAGGUAAGGCGUACGCUCGAAGCAAACUCGCAAUGAACGUCUUUGGCCACGCUUUCCAGAAGCACCUCGACUCAUACGACCGUCCCGACAAGGCACCGAUGAACACACGAGUAAUCUUUGUCGAUCCCGGUCUGGCCCGAACCCCAAGUACCCGUCGCUGGCUUACACGCGGAUCUCUCUGGGGACUCGCAAUCUACACCGCCGGCUACAUCUUCCCUUGGUUCCUUCUCAAGUCUCCUAACAUGGCCGCCCAGUCCAUCCUCUAUGCUGCCAUGGAUCCCGAAUUCGCUCGAGGCAGUGGUGGCAAGUUCAUCAAGGAGUGUCUGGAAGUUGACUUUGCGCGAAAGGAGAUCAAGGAUGACGAAGUUGCCAAGAAGCUGUGGGAGGAGAGUGACAAGCUGAUUGAAAAGGUUGAGAAGAUAGAGGCUAAGAAGAGAGCUGCUAAAAAGGCGGCUGAUGAGAAGGAUAAAAAAGAAAAGACUGAAAAGGAGAAGGAGGCCGAGAUUGAAGAGCUAGUAGAGGCUAUCAAAAAGGGCAAGGAAAAGGCUGCGGCCAAGGAAAAGACUUCAGGCAAGAAGAAGAAGGGUAAAAAUUAG